GUUUCAAACCCGCGCCAUCUUCAUUUUUGAACAAAGCCAGGUUGGACGUGCUAGGAACGGGCCAGGAUCGGGUAGUAGUCCGCUUUACGCUAUUCGCGCCACAGUCGUCGGUGCAUGCUCCACUCCUGACUGGUUCGGCUCCUUCGCCUCUCGCCCCCCUCCACGGUUCGCUCCCCCUCUAGGCCUCCCCUCCCUCGCGGCCCCUCGGGUCUUCGCCUGACGACGCUGCUCUCUCGAGCGACGAGCAUUCCGGCGGAAACCGACGUCGCGAGAGGACACGUCCGUAGUCUUGUUACGCGUAACGCCACCGCCGCCAACGCCGCCGCCGUUCUUUCGUACGCCGAGAGUUCAGUUCGAGUCGCGAAGCCGAGCUGUUUGGAUUAUCGACGCGCACGUCGUUUCCCUUAUUACGACCAACCAUGAGCACUAAGGAAAAUAACGAGGUCGCCGUUGAGAAGGUGACGGAAAACGACAAGACGUCCGCGGACGCAAAAUGCGACAUUAAAGGGAUCAAGAGGCCAGCCGAGGAAAAGAAUGAGGAAACGAAGAAACAGAAAAAGGAGGAGAAUGGAGACGGAGAGGUAGAAGAGGAGGAAAUCGAGGAAGAGAUCGAGGAGGAAGAGGAAGUAGAUGGGGAUGGGGAAGAAGACGACGAUGACGACGACAUACCAGAGGGUGAAGAAGACUUGGAAGAAGGAGAAGAGGAGGAAGAAGACGACGCGGAAGGUGAAGUGGAAGGUGAAGUAGAAGACGAAGAAGAUGACGCAUAAUGAAAAAAGGGGGAGAAAUAUGUAACUAAGAAGAGAGGCGUUAGGCACGUGAUGACAUCAUCGUCGAUUUUCGGCAAACUCAGCAAACUUACUCUCAUAUUGAGUGGUUGGUAAUAAUGUUGAUAUCCACCGUGCCCAAUCCAUGUUAUUGGAUCCUCUCUCUUCCGACCUACAAAUAAAAAUUACCAUCUCACCGGAAUUGUGGUGGGCUGACACGCAUUACAUGCGAACGUAAUUCUCUACUUGUCUUGGCUCUUCGCAAUUCUGGUCGUCUAGAACCUACCAAAUGCUGUUAGGUAGUUUGAAUGAUAACUAUAUAUUCGUCCUGAGGAACUCGAUCCUAUUUGCUAUCUAGAUUCUUAUUUCGAUCGUUCGACCGUUCGUUCGCUCGUUCGCUCGCUCGCGCGAUUCCCAAGACGAAUCUAUCGUUUGAUCCGAACCACCUACUAACUGGUAUUUGCCGUCAUCUGGCUUCUUCGUCGGGACAGUUUUAUAAUGAAAACUUAUUUAAGAUAUAAAAAAAAAACUAUUUAAAUAGUGUAAAAUGAAUAUCUGAAAGUGAUGAUUUUUUUUACAUUAAAAUCAAAUUUACGUUUGUAGUUCGACGAAUGUCUCUCACCUUGUGCGUGUGAUAUAUUGAGUUCUUCUUUUCGAAUCGAAACGUGUAAUUGCAGUGUCUUCACAGGAGCGCGAGGCUAUCGAACAGAAUUAAGCGGUUCAUACGUAACAUAUGAUACGGCACAUAUGAAGUAAAUAGGCAUGAAUGGACAUCUCUCGACAUUCAAUGUAUACUAAAAACGAGGAAAUCUUAAAAUAGACGUAAUUUCGCUUCGUGCUCCUGUUCGGUAUAGAAACAGGAAUUAAGAUUAAUGUGCUCGCGUCAGGUAGUGUGGAUGAGUAAUAUGUGACUUUAAUAUUGCAUAAUAAUUAUACAUAGUAUGUAUAAAGUUAUGGGAUAAGAAACAUUUUAUUAUUAACGAUAAUAUUAUGUAAACUUAAUAUAAUGCGGAGAGGUUGUUACACUUUAGGCUUGGGCAUAAAUAAGGGAGAGCAUCGAACAGUCAACUUGUGAAGUGUAAGGGCCCCAUCACCCUACUCGACGAUUUUUUUUCAACCAGAAUAUAUCAUUUUUCUCUUUUCAUAGACGAUAAGGGUUCAAUUAUACACAUAGAUAAAUGUAUAUUUAUGAUUCCAGAACUACCGUGCAUGACGCGAAGUUAAAAGAAAAAUCCGAGAUACAUAUUGUCACAAUUAUACAUAUGAUAAGUACUCUCCCCUAUUGAAAUAUUUUUUAUUUCAACAUAAUUCGAGCGUUUGAGUUACUUUUAUGCAUCAUGAUUUUAACUUGACUUUUAACUUCAUUGUCGUGGUGACUACUCGUAGCGAUGAUUCGUUGACUGUUGCGAAAUGAGUGCGUUGGCAAUAUUCUUCUUAACGUAGACGUAUCAGUAAUCGGUGAUCAGUAUCUUAAUAAUAAUGUAUUCGGAUUUAUGAGAUACUAUCAGAUUUUUAUUAAUUAUUACGAUAACAUUGAUCAUGCAAGUGGCAAUGAUGACACGCUGGUUUGAUGAUGAAGCGGCAAAAAAGAUUUUUCCCGCAACAGUCGGCGAAUCACUGCGAUCAGCAUGUCCCUGCCGUUACUUAUUUUCGCGAGACUGUUAGAUAAAAGGGUGAAGAGACAUUGCGGUUAUACCAUUGUAUCAUAGCAGCAUAAUAAUUAAAUAAAGGUAACUAUAAUUUGAAUGCGAGAAGAUGUCCCGUCUUAAUGUACAAAUAUUUUCGAAUGAGAUAGUUAAAUAAAACACAAGUUAGAUCAGAGAAAAUGAAUUCGUUCUCAUAAGUAGCGAUGGGUUUGAUAUCUGAAAACCACACGAGGAGGUGGCAGCGUUAAGGCUGCUCUACCCACGGACUAAAA